AUGAAUCUAGGCAGAAGAGUCAACUCCGCCAUAAUUUUCGCCUUUCUUUUACUGGCUCUAUUUGUUGGUCAUUCAACCGCUUCUUUGGGUGACCAUCUCCCCGAUUUCAAAGAAUGUGUCCAGGUCUGUAAAAGCGAGAACUGCCAGGAUGGAAACUCAGCGAUAUCUCUGUUCCACCGUUUGUUAUUCUGGACCUGCCCGGCUGAAUGCGAUUAUACCUGCCAACAUGUCAUCACCGACAAACGAGUUUCGAGGGACCCCCCAAUGCUGAGCCCCGUGGUUCAAUUCCAUGGUAAAUGGCCUUUCCGCAGAAUGCUGGGGAUGCAGGAGCCCUUUUCGGUGCUCUUCUCCUUCUUCAAUUUCGCGGCGCAUUGGCAUGGCAUGUCUCGAAUCCAGGAAUCGAUCCCGGCCUGGCACUCUCUCCGGAAAUACUAUAUGGCGUUUGGAUACUUCGGGUUGGCUAGUUGGACCUUCAGCAUGAUCUUCCACACCAGGGAUUUUGCAAUCACUGAGAAGUUCGACUACUGGGGCGCUGGCGCCAGUUGGUCCGAAUCUUGCGUCUGGAUCUGGAGAACCCCCCCACACCGACCGACCCUGCGUCGCCUGUGGACAGCAAUCUGUAUCCUGCUCUAUACGUUGCAUGUUUGCUAUCUCACCUUCUGGUCUUGGGAUUACACGUACAACAUGGCAGCCAACGUCGCAGUCGGUAUCAUCCAGAACCUGAUGUGGACUGGCUUCAGUAUUGUCCGAUACAAGAAGCAUCUCAAGUCAUGGACAGCUUGGCCUGGAAUGAUUGUCGCAUGGCUCAUCCUGGCCAUGAGCUUGGAAUUGCUCGACUUUCCUCCAUGGAACGGAUUGAUUGAUGCCCACAGCCUUUGGCACUUGGGCACUGUAGUCCCCACAGCUUGGUGGUACUCGUUCCUCAUCAAAGAUACACAGGAUGAUAUCGCCAGCCACCGACUGAAAGCCUAA